AUGCUGGGAGGAAGUUCCGCCCUGAACGGCGCCAUAUACACCCGAGGGAACCGCAAGGACUACGACAACUGGGCCGCCCUGGGGAAUCCCGGCUGGUCCUUCGACGACAUCCUCCCGCUUUUCAUCAGGGCGGAGAGGUUCCUCGUCGACGAAGUGCCCCCCUGGGAUGCACCCUAUCAUGGUACUAAGGGAUAUCUGCCCGUAUCCCAGCCGUAUUUUACGGAGCUCCUGCCACUAUUCAUCGAGGCCGGACAGAGCCUGGGCUUCCCCCAUAACCAUGACCACAACGGAGCCUCUCAGUACGGUUUCGGCCGACUGCAAACGACGGUAGCACAGGGAAUCCGGUACAGCUCGGCCCAAGCAUAUCUGACGCCUGUGAGACAUCGCAGGAACCUCCAAGUCGUCCUCAAUACCGUCGUGUCCAGAAUCGUGAUGGACGAAGGGACUAUGACGGCGAAGGGAAUCGAGUACGUGACGGCAGACGGUUCCACGCGCUUCGUAUCGGCGAGGAGGGAGGUGAUCCUGUCGGCCGGGGCUGUUGCCUCUCCUCAGAUCCUCAUGCUCUCCGGCAUCGGGCCCAAGAAUGAACUGAGAAAACACAAUAUUCGUGCCCUGGUGGAUCUCCCGGUCGGAGAGAACCUGCAAAGCCAUACGGGUCCUGCAGGGCUUUACUUCAGCAUCAAGGAGAUGUCUGGCUUCUUUCUACCUGAAAUAUUCACGACUCGGCUCAUUUCCAGCACGCUCCAAUACGUCUUGAGAGGCAACGGGCCGUUCUCGGCUGCGGCCGGUUUCGAGGGCAUCGCCUUCGUCAAUACGUCCUUCGCCCGGGAUCCGGAUUGGCCGGACAUGGAGCUCUUCUUCGUUUCGUUUACGAUAGGCUCCGACGGCGGGGCCAUCUAUCGACCGAUUAUCGGGCUGGGUGACGAGGCGUGGAAAACGUAUGAGAAACUUCUGCGUCGACCCGGGUUCGGAAUUUAUCCGUUUGUUUUGCGGCCCAAAAGCCGGGGGAAGAUUUUGCUACGCAGUACCGAUAUAACUGACCAUCCAGUCAUCAUAGGGAAUUAUUUCAAGCACCCAGAAGAUCUCAAGAGCACAAUCGAGGCCAUUCGUCUGCUGCUGCGAGUGGGAGAGCAACCCGCAUUCAAGAAGAUCGGUGCCGAAUUCCACAGUCAGCCGCUGCCAGGUUGCAGGCAUCUGAAACAGUUCACGGACGAAUACUGGGAAUGUCACAUUCGACAGUUCACGUACCUCCACUGGCACGACGUUGGCACGUGCAAGAUGGGGCCUCCCACCGAUCCCGAGGCUGUCGUCGACCCAUCCCUGAGGGUGUAUGGAGUGAAGAACCUGAGGGUGGCGGAUGCAUCCAUCAUGCCAGUCAUCACCUCGGGGCACACGAUGGCAGCAUGCAUCGUCAUCGGGGAAAAGGCCUCGGAUCUAAUCAAGAUGGACCAAUACGGGAGCAGCAUGCGCCUGAUCGGGAACGUGGUCUGGGCCGUCGGCGUCAUCCUCUCCAGCAAAUUGUUCCUCGGCAACGAGCUGGACAACCCGGUCGGGUUCUCCAAUUACAAGUUGCGGGUGGGCGAGUCGUACGACUUCAUCAUCGUGGGAGGAGGGACGACCGGGAGCGUGAUAGCGAGUCGGUUAACCGAGAACCCGACGGUGAAGGUGCUACUAAUCGAGGCUGGGUCGGAUGGAUCCAGGAUCUCCUUCAUCCCUGCCUUCGCCUCUUUCAUGUGGUGGUUCACCAAGUUCGACUACGGCUACACCAGCGAACCUCAGGAGGAUUCCUGCCUCGCUCUUGAGGGAAGGGCGAGUGCAGUGUUCGAUGUCAAUUGGCAUGCAAUAUGGCAAUAUUGCAGGAUGGACCAAUACGGGAGCAGCAUGCGCCUGAUCGGGAACGUGGUCUGGGCCGUCGGCGUCAUCCUCUCCAGCAAAUUGUUCCUCGGCAACGAGCUGGACAACCCGGUCGGGUUCUCCAAUUACAAGUUGCGGGUGGGCGAGUCGUACGACUUCAUCAUCGUGGGAGGAGGGACGACCGGGAGCGUGAUAGCGAGUCGGUUAACCGAGAACCCGACGGUGAAGGUGCUACUAAUCGAGGCUGGGUCGGAUGGAUCCAGGAUCUCCUUCAUCCCUGCCUUCGCCUCUUUCAUGUGGUGGUUCACCAAGUUCGACUACGGCUACACCAGCGAACCUCAGGAGGAUUCCUGCCUCGCUCUUGAGGGAGGGGGCAAAGCCACCGUGCCGCCUUCUUCUUACCGCCUUCUUCAGGCGGAAAGCAGGAGGCUCAAAUCCCCUCACAUCACCGCUGUCUGCCUAUCGCGACUCCCUGGGUGGAUCGACACAUUUGAAUGCUACUGCUCUCGUUCAAUCGGAGAUGCCUCUUAUCACGGGACUGAAGGCUAUUUCCCCAUUUCCCACUCGUACAUCACGGACGUCUUGCCCGCGUUCAUCGAGGCUGGGAAGAGCCUUGGCUUCCCCCAUAAUAAAGACUACAACGGAGAAUCUCAAAUUGGUUUCAGCAGAGUGCAAGUGGCAACAAAACGGGGAAUCCGACACAGCACGGCCAGCGCGUAUCUGACGCCGGUGAAGCACCGCAAGAACCUCCACGUCCUCCUCAAUGCCCCGGUCUCCAAGAUAGUAAUCGAGGAGGCGACAAGGACUGCAAAAGGGAUCGAAUACGUAACAGACGACGGCACCACGCACUUCAUAGCGGCCACGAGGGAGGUGAUCCUGUCCGCCGGGGUUGUCGCUUCUCCUCAGAUCCUCAUGCUCUCCGGCAUCGGACCCAAGAAGGAACUCAAAAAGCACGGGUGCCUCGUGAAUCUAUCGGAUGCCGUCUGUGUGCAGAUCCAGCCUUUGGUGAAUCUUCCUGUGGGAAAGAACCUGCAAAGCCAUGUGGGUCCUGGUGGCCUCUACUUCACUUUCAAGACGAAGUCUGGCCUUUACCCCCCUAAGGUCCUCACCGUCGAUCUCGUCACUCACCUGACCAACUACAUCCAAAACGGCGAGGGACCGUUCUCUUCACCAUCGGGUUUCGAGGGCGUCGCCUUCGUGAAUACGUCCUACGCCUCCGAUCCAGACUGGCCGGAUAUCGAGAUGCUCCUCUCUGCUCUCACGAUCGGAACGGACGGAGGGUACAUCUACAGCCCCAGGAUCGGCCUGAGCGACGAGACAUGGAGGUCCUAUAGAGGACUAAAGCUUCGAUAUGGUUUUGGAGUUUAUCCCCAUCCUUCUAGACCAAAAAGUCGAGGGAAGAUAUUGUUGCGCAGCGCCAACAUUAAGGAUCAUCCGAUUAUUAUUGGAAAUUAUUUCAAGGACCCAUAUGACCUCAAGAUCACAAUUGAAGCCAUUCGUCUGGUGCUGCAAUUGGGGGAGCAACCCGCAUUCAAGAAGCUUGGGGCCAAAUUCUACAGUCAGCCCCUGCCCGGUUGCAAGCAUCUGGAACAGUUCACGGACGAGUACUGGGAGUGCCACAUUAGGCAGUUCACAUAUCUGCAUUGGCACGAUGUUGGUACAUGCAAAAUGGGGCCUCCCACCGAUCCUGAUGCGGUCGUCGACCCCUCUCUCAAGGUGUAUGGGGUGAAGAGACUGCGAGUGGCGGAUGCAUCCAUCAUGCCUGAGAUGGUCUCCGGCAAUACCAUGGCAGCAUGCAUCAUGAUCGGGGAGAAGGCCUCCGACCUCAUCAAGAUGGAGAAUUACGGAAUCAGCUUGAGAGUAGUAUCGAAGGUGGUCUGGGCCAUGGGCUUCUUAUUAUCCAGGAGAUUCUUCUUCGAGGAUCUGGACAACCCAGUCGGAUUCUCAAACGACAACUUGAGAGUCGACGACUCAUACGACUUCAUCAUCGUCGGAGGAGGGACGACCGGGAGCGUGAUAGCAAACCGGUUGACGGGGAACCAUAACGUGAGGGUGUUGGUGAUCGAGGCUGGGUCGGAUGGCACCAAGCUAUCCUUCUUCCCAGCCCUUGCUUCCUUCAUGUGGUGGUACACCAAAUUCGACUACCGCUACACCAGCGAACCUCAGGAGGAUUCCUGCCUCGCUCUUAAAAGAGGG